UUUAACGGGCGCGAUAUUCAAAAUUUUGUAUUAAUUUCAGAUUUAUACCUGUCAAAAAUGUUUUUCAAAAUUUUCAAGACGUAAAAUUACUUUCUGGAGUUUCAGGGAACACGACGAGGAAAUUCCUUUCGAAUUACAAUGCACAAUGGAUCCAAAUUGUCCGAAAACAAGUGCAAUAUGCCGCGGUAUAGGCAGAACAUUAGUCAGUCUUGCGGUAGAAAUGGAGCCGAAACCACUUUUAACUACUGAACCUUCUUGGCAAAAACUUCAACAAUAUUAUGAUAGUAAAGGCAAUAAAUUAGUCAUCAAGGACCUUUUCGCAAGUGAUCCUGCAAGAUUCGAUAAAUUAAGUUUAAAAAUUGCUACUCCUAAUGAUGGCGACAUACUCAUUGAUUUCUCAAAAAACCGCAUUGAUGAAGAAGGUUUGAAGCUAUUGUUUGACUUGGCUCGUUCAAGGAAAGUAGAAGCUGCACGAGAUGCUAUGUUUAAUGGAUCCAAAAUCAACUUCACCGAAAACAGAGCUGUAUUACACAUCGCUUUAAGAAAUAGAUCAAAUCGACCUAUUUUAGUUGAUGGUAAAGAUGUAAUGCCUGAUGUAAAUGCUGUUCUUAAUCACAUGAAAAGCUUUACAGAACAAGUGUUAUCUGGUGCAUGGAAAGGAUACUCUGGCAAAAAAAUCACUGACGUUGUCAACAUUGGUAUUGGAGGAUCAGAUUUAGGACCAUUAAUGGUUACAGAAGCUUUAAAACCUUACAGCAAAGGACUCAACCUACAUUUUGUUUCAAAUAUUGAUGGUACCCAUCUCGCAGAAGUGCUAAAAAAAGUCAACCCCGAAACUGUUCUGUUCAUAAUUGCAUCCAAGACAUUUACCACUCAGGAAACCUGCACAAACGCUAAAUCAGCAAAAGAUUGGUUCUUGGCAACAGCUCAAGAUCCUGCUGCUGUGGCCAAACACUUUGUAGCUCUUAGUACAAAUGCUGAAAAAGUUUCCGAAUUUGGAAUUGAUACUGCCAAUAUGUUUGGAUUCUGGGAUUGGGUAGGAGGUAGAUAUUCCCUGUGGUCAGCCAUUGGUCUGAGUAUCUCAUUAUCGAUUGGAUUUGAUAACUUCAGCCAAUUGCUUGAUGGAGGAUUCUUCAUGGAUCAACAUUUCCAGUCAGCUUCUUUAGAGCAAAACGCACCCGUUAUUUUGGCUCUCUUGGGAGUUUGGUAUGGUAACUUCUUUGGAUCCGAGACACAUGCUCUUCUUCCCUACGACCAAUACCUACAUAGGUUUGCUGCCUACUUCCAACAAGGUGACAUGGAAAGUAAUGGAAAAUAUAUAACGCGCAGUGGUCAACAGGUUAACUUCCAAACUGGUCCAAUAGUGUGGGGAGAGCCUGGUACUAAUGGACAACACGCUUUCUAUCAACUUAUCCAUCAAGGUACCAAAACCAUUCCAGCGGACUUUAUCGCCCCGGCCACCACACACAACCCAAUUAGCGGUGGAACGCAUCACAAGAUCCUUUUGGCCAAUUUCUUGGCUCAAACCGAGGCUUUAAUGGCCGGAAAAACUCCAGAAGUUGCUAAAGCCGAGUUGGAGAAGCAAGGUUUGCAAGGAGAAGCGCUCCAGAAAAUAUUACCACACAAAGUUUUUCUGGGAAAUAGACCAACUAACAGUAUUGUUGUUAAAAAGGUUACUCCAUUUAUUCUUGGAGCUUUAAUUGCUUUAUAUGAACAAAAAAUCUUCACCCAAGGAAUUAUCUGGGAUAUUAACUCCUACGAUCAAUGGGGAGUAGAAUUGGGUAAACAGUUGGCGAAGGCAAUCGAGCCCGAAUUGCAAGACUCUAGACCAGUAUCUUCUCACGAUGGAUCCACAAACGGGCUUAUCAACUUCAUUAAAGCUAACAGCUCCUAAUUUUUAUACGCUGAUAUCAGGAUGUAAUAUUUAUGUGUUAGAAAUGAAAUAUAUAUUGACAUGUUGGCGUUGUUUUUAAUAAAAACAAUGUGUAAAUUGUA